AUGACGACUGUUGUCACAAAACAUAUUGGAUUAUUGCUGAACUUUAAAAUUUAAUCACUUUGGUGUUUGUUGUCCGAUUUGUAAGGAAUUUUCGGCAUUUUGCUCAGUGAAUUCUACUCUAUAAAGCUAUACAUACUUUCAGCCCGGACCAUCCCUUCAAUUCUAUGAUUCAUCGUUUCAUUGCGCGCUCUAUUUAGAGUGUCCGGUCUCGAUCCCGCGCACGGCGGCCCCUGGCCGGCCGGCCCGGCGCCCUUGAUAUCUUUGUCUAGGCCUACCACGUUCCGGAACGUUAUGGUGUCGUGCAGACUUCCAUUUAUUGGUAUUUUUCGGCUCCAUUUGGUUGAUCGUCAGAGAAUUUCGAUACGACACCAACUUAGCAAAUUUCUCCUAAGGAACUGUGAUAGCGGUCAAAGCAUAAUGACGGAUUGUAAACGUAGCUGUGUGAGAAUAGGAACACACAAUGGAACUUUUCACUGUGAUGAGUCUUUAGCUUGCUUCAUGCUUCAACAGCUUCAUCAAUACAAAGAUUCAGAAAUAAUUCGUACUAGAGAUCCUGCUCUCCUCGAAACCUGUGACAUCGUAGUUGACGUUGGUGGAGUGUAUGAUCCAUCUCGACAUCGUUAUGAUCAUCAUCAGAGAUCGUUCUCAGACACCAUGAAUUCAUUGAAUCCUGAAUUGCCAUGGACUAUUAAACUGAGCAGUGCUGGUUUGGUUUACUAUCACUUUGGUAAGCAGGUUAUCUCAACGACCCUUGACCUUUCACCUGAUGAUCCUGAUGUGACCUCUAUUUAUAACAAAGUCUAUGAGAACUUUCUUCAAGAGGUAGAUGCCAUUGACAAUGGUAUAAAUCAAACAGAUGAGAAACCAAGGUAUGCUGUAACAACCAAUCUGAGUUCUAGAGUGGCACAUCUUAAUCCCUCAUGGAAUGAUACACAACAAGACUUUGAGAAGACCUUUUGUUUUCUUCAGAGUGGUUUUCUAAAGGCAGUAGCAUUGACAGGUGAGGAGUUUCUUGAUAGAAUCAAUUAUUAUGCCAAGGUAUGGCUACCAGCUAGAAGCGUCGUCAAGACAGCACUUCAAGAUAGAUUCAAUGUUGAUGCAUGUGGUGAGAUCAUCACCUUCCCACAAGGAGGCUGUCCAUGGAAAGAACAUUUAUUUGAAUUAGAACAGGUCUUAGAAUUAGACCUACCAAUCAAAUAUGUCCUCUACCCAGACAGCAAUGGUGCAUGGAGAAUACAGUGUGUACCCAUAAACAAACAUUCCUUUGAAAAUAGACUAUCUCUUCCUGAAAAGUGGCGUGGUAUCCGUGAUGAAGCACUGAGUGAGAUUACAGGUAUCUAUGGAUGCAUCUUUGUCCAUGCAGGAGGCUUUAUUGGUGGCAACAAGUCAAAAGAGGGAGCCCUUCAAAUGGCUAGGAAAUCACUACAAUUAGGCCAAGAAAUGGACUGAAAAUUGUUCUACCUGCUUCUCAUUGCUGUUAAUAUGCUUCCAGGGGGCCGUUUCUUAAAGAUGUUCAUAAGUUAAGAGCGACUUUAAGAACGACUGGUGAACCUUUAUUCUGCGUUAAACAAUUGCCAAUGAAAAUACCAUUUAAUACAAGAAAGGAUCAUCAAUCGUUCUUAAAUUCGUUCUUAACUUUUGAACAGUUUUGUGAAACACCCACCAGUUCCUAUUUAUUGUGUUAGGUGUACUUGCACCUGAAAGCAGCAGGAUGGGUGGAUAAUCAACAACCCCUCCUAAACAUUUUCCAGGACCAUGUUGGAGGUAAUAAAGUGCUGUCAAUAACACACAGGGGUAAUCGAGUAUCAAUGACAAGUCCUAGGUCACAUGAUCAAUGUCAGAUGUAAUUUCGGGUUGAUGAACGUAGUAUUGUAUCAUUAUAUGAAUGGUGUUUUUUGUUAAUAAUUAUUUUAUAGUAGUUUUCAAAGUCAGCACUGCUGCUAUACUGAAACGCAUAAUGCAGGUGAGACUGCCAGAGGUGCUCCACUUGUUAUUGGAUAAACUUACUGAAUUUACAGCUUGACUGAGAUAAAAUAUCUGAAUAUUUUUGUCUUGUCUAUAUGAAACCUACAUGGAAUACACCCAAAAUUUGGGGAUAUAAUUCAAUUUGUAAAGUAAAUUGCUCAUAAAAAAAUAACUUACAGAGAGAGAGUACCAGAUUCCAAUCUCAUGUCACUCAUAUUGGAAUGUUAUAUGGUACUGACUCUUUAUUAAAGCUUAGACAGGCUUUAUUAACUUGAAACAACAUCAACUGACUUUCUUGAAUGAUUAAAUGUCAUUCCAAUGCAAGUCCUUCACAUUUGCUAGUUUGUAUUCUUAGCAUGAGACAAGAUUUUAAAAAGGUUUUUAUUUUGAUUCCCGAUAUGGUUGUCUCAAAUUCAGCAGUUCAGAUUUGCAAGCAAAGCUGGAAAUGUAUUUUUGAAGGCAUCAUGUUAUAAAUACAAAACACAAAAGCUUUAAUGCAUAUUGUUCAUGGAAGGAUGUAUUGUGUGUUUUUAACCAUUUCACUCUACAUGGUGGAGUGGGCAGUUAUUUGAAAUUGAAUUUGCGACAUCCGAGUAGCAGUUACAGAAUUAUGGAACAUAAUGUAAGUGCAUGUCAGACCAAAAAUUGCCUCAAAACAUGUUUUUUCUGUACAAAGUAAAUACGGUUUCUGCGCAUGCCACUGUGCAAAUUUUUGUUGCUAUUACAUGAUCUGUGGCCGAUAUUUUAAGCAGGCUAUAACCCAGCCCCCUACCCCUCCCCAAUAGUGACAAGAAUAAAAAUUCCCCAGGACUGUUAAGAUUAAAAGCCUAAGAAGAAGCACAAUUUGCCUUUUUAAUAAAACCUAGGCUAUUUUAUUUUGCACCAGAUUAUUAUGCCUUUCUUUGUAACCCGUUUGACCCACCUCUCACUAAUUCUCUUGUUAUUCAUCUCUUCCUCAUACUUUCUUAUCAGUUUUGUUCCAUAUCCUGUUUGAUGUUGCCUGCCUCAUUAUCUUGUUCCCUCAUAGCUUAAGGUCUUUCAUUGGCCUUACACUAACUUCACUUUGUGUCUGCCUACUCCUUUUCUUUCAUCCCCUUCACUAACCUGAUUGGUCUUCUCUGCUCACUAAUGCCCCUUUUGUCUCCUUGUUCCUAGUGUUGCUGUUGUAUGUCUGUGGUCUAUAUUAUUGUUGUUCCACUUUAAUGUUUGCCAUUUUGCCUCCGACAAAGAUUCUGCUAGGAUCAAAAGCUUAGUCCCCUUUUGACUCACUAUUUUAUUUUGAUCAGUUAAAUCAGUAAGAUUGAAAAUGAUACCUUUAUAAACUUUUUCAAUAAUGUAAAUACAGCCCCCCCCCCCACUUAGAGCACAACAAAAGGUGUCAUGCAAUGUCACCCAUUAGGUAAUCUCACAGUCAAUAGUACCUAAAUUUAAGAUAUUGGUUUUUAGUUAAUUAUGUUAAUUUUUGCAGGAUAUCAUAAUUUGGCUGUAAAUAUUUGAAUAUAUCCCCCAAACUAAUUUGGUCUGGAUACUCUUCCAAGGACUAUUAUCAAAUUUUACUUUAAAAAUUGUAAUAUCAAAUUAUUUGCUAAAGUAUUUUAUCGUUUAAGAAAUUUCUUAUGUAUUUCUAUGUUUUUCGACUUCAUGUUUUGUUGUGAUGGAAAUCGUCGGCAACACUAUUUUCUUUUAAACAGUGAUUGUAAAAAUAAUGAUACACUAAUAAAUUUUGGCUACAUAAAGUAUUUGCAUUGGAUUUGAACAUGAAAUGACGUUAUUGAGCGGUUUUGGGUCUGCAUGCACUAAAGAAAUGUUUCAUAGUUUUGGAACCAUGUACCCGGGGGUCGUAAUUUUGGUCUCAGAUGUAGUGCAAGACUUAAAAGUGACAUCUUAAAAAAAAAUUGAAAUUGAUCUCG